UAUAUGUAGGACUGUCACGGAAAUGACGCAGAAAUCCGAAGAUUUUUUCCCGCGGUUAGUGUCUUCGGUCGGAGCUGUAGUGUCACAAAAACGGCAUAAUGGCGAGCGUUUAUGAAUCUCCAAAAACGCGUAUCAACACCAGUAUGCUCUCCCAGUACAUUAACAGACCUGUCUGCUUUGUUGGGCGACUUCAGAAGGUGCACCCGACGGGAAAAUCGUUCACUCUGCUGGACGGAGAGGGCAAGAUGGCAACGGUGGAACUCAACGACCCGCUGGACGAGGAGCUGAGCGGGGUCGUGGAGGUCAUCGGCGUGGUUUCGGGCAAAGCCACGGUCACCGCGACGGCGUACACCGUGCUCCGGGACGACAAGGGCAAGCCCUUCGACCUGGAGGUGUACAACGAGGGUCUGAAGAUCAUCCAUGACUUCCCGCAGUACUACCCCUUCGAGGUCGCGACCAGCAGCUGAAAGCUUCCGGCUGUCUCUCCUUUUCCCAGAAUCCUCACCUUGUUUCUCUCUUCUUUUUUUUUAAAAUCACAAUGCAGCAGUGGAGCUGUGUAGAGGUUUCCCCCCACCCCACCCUUCCAACCUUCUCUUUUUCUUUUUUUUCUUUUUUUUCUUUUUUUUAACUAUUUUUGCUACAUCUGUCUAAUAUUCUUGUGUAAAAUAUGGUACGUUAUGUGUAAUAUACGACAGUAAAAUUUGAAAAUACCACGGCCUUGUUUUGAGUUGGAGUUUCCUUUUUUUUUUUUUGCUGCUCACUACCUGUAACAUGACCUGACUGCAGUCUCUGCUUUGAACCUGGACUGGGCCCACUGAUGUUGUGUCUGGAGAGAGUCAUUUCAUAUGCAGUCUUUUAAAAUCUGCCAUUUAGAGAUCAUUGAAUCAUAAACUUUAAGAUGGCUGACAAAUGCUUUUGUAAACCAGUGUGCUAAUGGAGUAUAGCGCGAUAUGAACAUGAAUUUACAAUGUGGUUUAAGAGGGUAAAUAAUCCAACUAAAGCAUGUAAUUCUGCCAAUUAAGAAAAAUUAACAGCUUGUUAAAAUUCUGGAAUUGCAAUUGUGGUUGGAACGAAAACCAGCAUAACACAGGGGCCUCCAGGACCGAGUUUGAGAACCACUGCCCUAACGAACACGUCAGUCGCAUCAAUGACCCAACAGCAGCGCUGGCUUCUGAAAUAAACCCUGUGAACUGGAUUACAUAAUGAGAUUAACACGUAUCGGUGUUCAGGCCUGCUAGAAUCUCAACGACCUUCCAGCUGGUGGUCAGCCAACUUUCAACAACUGAAAUAAAGUUUGACAGACCCUUUU